AUGUCGAAGGCGAAAGAGAAGCAAUUACCACUGCAUAAGAUCAUUAUGGUCGGUACAGGUGGAGUUGGCAAGUCGGCACUAACUUUGCAAUUUAUGUACGAUGAGUUCGUCGAAGACUACGAACCAACUAAAGCCGACAGUUAUAGGAAAAAAGUUGUAUUGGAUGGUGUCGAAUGUCAAAUUGAUAUUUUAGAUACAGCAGGGCAGGAAGAUUACGCUGCUAUUCGGGACAAUUAUUUUCGGAGUGGUGAAGGAUUUCUGUGUGUUUUUUCCGUUGCUGAGCGAGAAUCAUUUCAAGCUACAGCGGAAUUACGUGAGCAAAUUCUUCGUGUUAAAGCUGAUGAAAGAAUACCCAUAUUAUUAGUUGGAAAUAAAUGCGAUUUGGAAGAUAGACAAGUGACUGCGGAGGAAUGUCAAUCUAAAGCGAAUGAAUGGCGUAUUUCGUAUGUGGAAACAUCAGCUAAAACAAAGCUAAAUGUUGAUAAAGUAUUUUAUGAUUUACUCCGAGAAAUUAAAAAUCGUAAAGAUCAAGGCGUUGCUAAAGCUCCUGGUAAGAAAAAGAAAAAGAGCAAAUGUACUAUAUUGUAA